GCCGAAGUCAUGUCGACAUCGAGAUCCUCAUUUGCAAACUACCUGCCAUGAUCGAGCCCAAUCCUCGCAAAGGUGUCGUGUUCUGCGUCACGACCAACUUGAUCUGGUCUGUAUGUCCCAUCUACUGGAAGCAGCUCCUGCAUGUGCCAUACCUCCAGCUGGUGUGCCACCGGAUCGUGUGGGCGUUCCCUACGCUCUUACUGUACCUGGUUCUAUCCAGGCAGAUCCAUGGCCUGAAUCAAGCCGUCUGCAAUUGGAAGAUCAUGCUGCGGUACGCCGGUUCGGGGCUUCUUCUUGGGUCCACCCUCUUCCUCACCGUGUGGGCCGUCAACUCGGGCCACAUUGUCGACAUGAGUCUGGCCUUCUUCAUCAAUCCGCUCAUGAACGUCCUCCUCGGCAUUGUAUUUCUCCGUGAAACGUUGCGACGAUACCAGUGGGUCGCGGUGGGGUUGGCCACCACUGGCGUGCUGGUGAUUGCCGUCUCGUACGGCCACGUGCCCUGGAUCGCCCUCGUCAUUGCCCUGAUUUUUAGUGUUUACGGCCUAAUCAAGAAGAUGGCCCCUUUGGAGCCCGUACUUGGCGUGACGAUUGAACUGCUGCUUUUGAGUGUACCAUCGGUGGCCUACCUCGCCACAUGUGACAGCGUGUUUGGCCACGACCGGGUCACCACUGACCUGCUGCUGGUGGGCGCGGGAAUCUUCCCCACGGCGAUCCCGUACGUGCUGUUUUCAGCGUCGGCCCAGCAUAUUUCCAUGACGCUGCUGGGCAUUUUGCAGUACAUCCAGCCCUUUGGCCACUUUUUGAUUGGCGUGUUCAUGUACGACGAACCGUUUUCAACCGGCAAACUCAUUGGAUUUUUGGCCGUGUGGGCGGCGCUGCUGGUGUUCACUGCCGAGGGGGUAACCAACCAUCGUCAAAACAAGUCGGUGGAAUCGAAUGGUCCCGAGCCGCCGGGGUUGGUGGAAGUGUUGCCACAGACACCGCUAUCCGAGUAUGCGUCGUCAUUGAGCCACCACGCUAUUAGCCCCACUACCCAGCCUAUUGUAUGAUAGUACUGGUUCUACGUAGUACUAGUACCAGUACUUCGAAGUAUACUGUACUGCACUCGACUCUUGGGAGGUUACGUAACCCCCGCUCACGAAGUCCAUUGAAACAGCUGCUGCUGGUGACAUCAUGUCAUACGAUUGAUACUGCUGCUUCAACAUCAGCACUAGCGAGCCAUAAACCGCACUGCUUGGACAAGUUGUGAAAGAACACCGAUAGUAAACUGUACGAUGUAUUAAUACAAUCUUCACUUCAUC